UGGAGCUGGAGCUGUCUUCCCAGUAUCUCAGCGACAAUGAAGACGGAUUUUAAGUUCUCCAACCUGCUGGGCACGGUCUAUCGCAAGGGAAAUCUUCUCUUCACUCCAGAUGGAACGUGCCUGCUUUCCCCUGUAGGAAACAGGGUCACAGUCUUUGACCUCGUACAUAAUACUUCCUAUACCCUCCCAUUUGCACAUCGCACGAAUAUCGACCGUCUCGAUAUUUCACCUCGAGGAAAUCUCUUACUUUCCGUUGACGAAAAUGGUCGUGCCAUCCUGACGAACCUCUAUCGCAGAAUUGUGAUGCACCAUUUCUCUUUCAAGUCUCGAAUCUCCGCGCUGAAAUUCUCACAAACUGGUCGGCAUUUCGCAGUAGGCGUGGGAAGACGACUGCAGAUAUGGCAUACCCCUUCGACUCCAGGCACUGACAAUAACGGCGAAAUUGAAUACGCGCCAUUCAUUCUGCAUCGUGAUCUUGCCGCCCAUUUUGAUGUGAUUCAAAAUAUUGAGUGGUCUAGCGAUUCGCGCUUCCUUCUCACAGCCUCUAAGGACCUUACAGCGCGAAUAUGGAGCUUAGAUCCAGAAGAGGGUUUCGAGCCAACGGUUCUGGCGGGGCACAGACAGGGGGUUAAAGCAGCAUACUUUUCAGCGGACCAAGAAUCUAUUUACACCGUCAGUCAAGAUGGCGCUCUUUUUCGAUGGGAAUAUGUGACCAAAAAUGAUCCGGAGUCUAUGGAGGAUACUUCGGAUGCUCGUUGGAGAAUUGUGAAAAAGGAUUACUUCAUGCAAAAUGAUGCCAAAGUCAACUGCGCCGCUUUCCACGCGGAGUCAAAUCUUCUAGUUGUGGGCUUCUCGAACGGCUUAUUCGGCCUAUACGACCUCCCAGAAUUCCACAUGAUCCAUAUGUUGAGUAUUUCUCAGAGCAAAAUUGACUAUGUAACAAUAAACAAAUCUGGCGAGUGGCUGGCUUUCGGUUCAUCGAAGCUAGGCCAGUUGCUAGUCUGGGAAUGGCAAUCUGAGUCGUACAUCCUAAAGCAGCAGGGGCAUAUCGAUUCUAUGAAUUCUCUUGUUUACUCUCCUGAUGGUCAGAAAAUUGUCACCACAUCUGAUGAUGGUAAAGUUAAGGUCUGGGAUGUCAGGUCUGGCUUUUGCAUUGUGACUUUCACAGAGCAUACAAGUGGAGUGACGGCAUGCGAAUUUGCAAAGAAAGGAAAUGUUCUAUUCACAGCAUCCCUGGAUGGCUCUGUGCGAGCAUGGGAUCUUGUCCGUUAUCGGAAUUUCCGGGCAUUUACAGCGCCAUCUCGGUUGUCGUUCUCCUCUCUUGCGGUCGAUCCCAGCGGAGAAGUUGUCUGUGCUGGGUCUCCUGAUUCUUUCGACAUUCAUUUGUGGUCUGUUCAAACAGGUCAAUUGCUUGAUCAAUUGUCCGGCCACGAAGGACCUGUUUCAUCUUUGGCUUUCGCGGCGGAUGGUAACCAUCUAGUCAGCGGCAGUUGGGAUCACACUGUCAGAAUAUGGAGCAUAUUCGGAAGAACGCAGACCAGUGAGCCUUUGCAGCUGAUGUCCGACGUUCUCAGUGUGGCUUUUCGGCCCGACGGGAAGCAGGUCGCUGCAUCGACUCUUGACGGCCAGUUGUCUUUCUGGUCGGUUUCCGACGCUAUCCAAGAAGGUGGAAUUGAGGGUCGUCGAGAUGUGUCCGGAGGACGGAAGGUAUCGGAUCGCCAGACAGCUGCAAACGCUGCUGGGACAAAGUCAUUCAACAAAAUCACAUAUAGCGCAGACGGCAGCUGUGUCUUGGGUGGAGGUAACAGCAAAUACAUUUGCUUGUAUGAUGUAAGAACUGGGUCUUUGUUGAAAAAAUUUACGGUCUCGGUCAACACUUCGCUCGAUGGCACGCAGGAGAUUCUGAACAGCCGUGACUUGACAGAGGCUGGGCCGCGUGCUCUCAUAGACGAAACAGGAGAGGCAUCGGAUCUCGAAGACCGUAUGGACCGCACCCUCCCAGGUGCGAAGCGUGGUGAUGCUGGAGCUCGCACUACGAGACCUGAGGUGAGAGUCACUUCCGUUGGCUUCUCCCCGACCGGGCGAUCGUUUUGUGCAGCCUCCACGGAAGGUCUUCUUAUCUACAGCCUCGACACCGAGUUCGUGUUCGACCCUUUCGACCUCGACAUAUCCAUCACCCCAUCUAGCAUUCUUGCUACCCUUGACGCUGCGAGAAGUUCCACCGACGAGGACGCCAGCUUCCUCAAAGCACUCAUCAUGUCUUUCCGUCUUAAUGAGUCUAAGCUCAUACGCGUUGUCUACGAGGCAGUCCCCCCAUCCGAUAUACCUCACGUCGUUCGCGAAAUACCCACUGUCUACCUCUCUCGACUUCUCCGUUUUGUGGCCUAUGCUGCAGAAGAAACCCCCCAUCUUGAAUUUAAUCUUCUAUGGAUCCAGUCUCUCCUGAGCAGCCAUGGCAGGUACCUGAAAGACAACUCUGGCACAUUUGCACCCGAACUUCGCGCCGUGCAGAGAGCCAUCGAUGACAUCAACCAGAACCUCAAGAAAAUGAUGGACCAGAAUGCCUACACUCUGAAGUACCUUAUUUCGAAACCUGUGCUUGGCAGUAACAAUACCAAUGGAGUUCUGAAGGCAAUUGAGAACGGCGCUGACUCUGCCAUCGUUAAUGGUGAUGAUGAGCAUAUGGCUGGUGUUGAUGACAAUGACGAUGACGGGGAGGGCGAGUGGAUUGGCCUUGAGUGAGCUAUUGAUAUGGUUUUCUUUCUUCUUUCCCCCUUUUCAUAUUAUGUAUAUACCAAGACGUUUUGCAUCUGCGCCUGGCGUUCCUCUUUGUAUAGUCAAUAUACCGGGAAAGACCUUAAAAGGUUAGAAAAGAGUUAAUAGUGGGUUUCCCUGAUCAAUAUCCUUAGUCUACUAUGAGUAUUCUCACUAUGAGCAGUCUCUACUGGGAAUGCACUU